ACUGUAUUUGUACUGCGGGAGUGUGGUAGGUACUAGAAAAUAUCCUUAAUGUCAUAGUUGCUUGAUAGGAGGCAAACCGCUCAUGAAUAUCGUAAGUGACGCAUGUACUUGGGUAUUUGCGCUGCUUGGCUCGCAAAUUCGGAGCUCCUUUGUUUUAAUGAAGCUAGUAUGUCACACUCUGCAUGGAAGCAGAAUCGAUUGCCUGUUUUGAUAAGGGUAACGAAAGAAACGGUUGGGUUGAGAUCGGGCGCACUAAUAUCCGGCCAACUCCAUUCCUCGCCUUUCACAUUCCACCCUGUUAAUCUGUACACCUGGAAAUCAAUCCCUUUCCCCGUUAAUGUAUAGUGAUUCAGCAGGCAGGCCUUUCUUGGUGCUUUCUCAAGUCGUCUGCUGCUGCUACUGACCGGCUAGUGAGCUGAUCUCGACCCCAGUCACAUAGGUAAAGUGAGCAACCCAAGGAAUGUUUA